UCUAACCUCUCUUUUCUUUGACAACUCUUCAACAAUUCCACACGUGCGGUUUGUUGAUUAAUCACAGUUGAAACGAGUGGAAUUAUGGAAGACCAGUUCACAAAAAUUGUAGAGCAUGUCUUCAACAACUGGACUGGUUUAAAAUUGGCAGUAGAGCACAGUAUGGGAGGACCCAACAGCAAACAGACUGCCACAGAUUGUCUGAAUUACAUGGUGCAAUAUUGUUUGUAUGAGCCAAAUGUACAGGUCGAAGAUAUACAAGAAGCACUUGAGGAUAUUAUGGACGAAGAAUUUGAUACUGUUUGUGAGGAUGGAUCUCCCAGAGAAAUUGCACAUGUUUUAUUUAAGUUUUUGGAAUUAUUAAAACAAGGAAAUACUGAACAAUUUGAAGCAGAGUUUCAAAGUCUCCCCAGUUCAAACCAAGCAUGGAUUCAUUCACAGUCUGCACCUCCACCACCUGUGUCAAAUACAGUUUACUUCCCAGAAGAAAAGGCUGGGCCGAGCACUGAUGUACCAAUGGAGGAGGAUUCUGAAUGGACAGAAGUAAGGACACGAAGGAAAAGGUGAUAAGACACCUUACAAAUGACAUAUUGUUAUUAAUUUAAGAAUUUUAAAUAUAAGACUUUAAAUGUGAAA